AUGGGGCAGUGUGGCCUCCUGGGAGAAGAGACCGGGUCUUGUCGCCGCUCUUCCUGCCCACUUCUUAGGCCUCAUUCAACUCCAGCCACUCUUAUGUGGCUAGACGAAAAUUACGAAGUGGCCGAAGGCGUCUGCAUUCCCAGGAACACCCUGUACUUGCACUACGUGGACUUCUGUGCCAAGAACUCCAUGCAACCAGUCAAUGCGGCAAGCUUUGGGAAGAUCAUUCGUCAGCAGUUUCCUCAAUUAACUACUCGACGCCUUGGAACAAGGGGACAGUCUAGGUACCAUUACUAUGGGAUCGCCAUUCGAGAUACCUCGAUUUACUUUGAGAUGUCUUAUUCCAAGACGACGGGAUGCGGUGACAUCGAAAUUAAGCGGGAAUUGCCGAAGCAGGUGUCAGUAUCGAAUGUACCAAGGUUGCGGGCAGCGCUUCCGGACUUCCCGCAAGUCCGAGAUCUGGUUCUACCAGAGUCCGUCGACUCUGACACGAUCAGUACCUUCCUUACAAUGUACAGGACACACUGCCAGCGAGUGCUCGACACUGUACUCCGCGCAAACUUUGACGAGGUUCAGCAGUAUCUGGAACACUUCUGGAGGGGAAUCCCCGCUCAUCUAAGCCCGGUGUUGGGUUGCAACGCUUUGGUUAACCUGAUGGGUGUUUGUGACUCGGUGCUCUACCGGGCGCUGGCGUCUGCUCUCCUGCCAUCUCCGUUACAACCGCUUCCUGACAGCGUUCUCAAGGUGAUCAGCACGUUCUCCGAAGAGCUGGAAAAAUGGCUGCGGUCAGCCACCGCCGGAUUUCCUGAUAACCUUAGAGCUGUCAAAUUCGAAAUGGGUCGAAGAUUUGCCCAGAACCUCCGUCGCCAGAUGUCGCUAAGCCACCUGUCUCAAGCGUGGCGCACAGUAGCGAGUAGCGGUAACACAGCUGGCCAAAUGCUGCGCGACUGGAGACAGUUGGACCUGGGCGCCCUCUGCCAGGAGACCAUCUUUGGCAGCCAAGAAUCACCGCAGCGAGGCCCCUCCGUCGGAUUCAUUUAUAGAUUGGCCAAAGAGUUCGAAAGCUACCUGGAAGACGAGACGCCAAUAGAGGGCUACAUGGAGUGGAUGGAGGCCCUUGUUAACAAGACUGUCGCCAUACCUUGCAUGGAGAAAUCGCUGCCGGCUCGACGCCUUGCUCGUCAGUUCCUGCUCACGUGGUCGGCUUUUGGAUCGAGAGUAAUUCGGGACAUGACAGUGCACGGUGCUGCGACAUUCGGUUCCUUCUAUUUGCUACGCCUGCUGUUUGACGACUACGUGCUGUGCCUGCUCGAAGGAGUCCUUACCGAUGAACUGGUCCGGCAGUUUCUCAGCAAUGCCGCCGCAGACGCCCCUCUAGUAUCCUUUCCGGACCUAUCCCUGCCUUCGUCUCCUACUGCCAGUAUACCCGCACCAGGAACUCCGGUCCAGGACGCGUACAGUCGAAGUCCACCUGCUCAAGAAGUGCCAAUUGGGCCACACAGGGACGCCAGUGAAUUCUGCGAAGUUCCUACUGCCAUGAUGACUUCUGUAGCGCCUUGGCCUCACAGCGAAUACUGCCAAAGUGUAAGCCAACAGUGCAGCGCUUAUGACACCCGCAGGUCAUGGGGGAAUCAAGCGAGACCUGAUUCUAGGGUAUACGACUUUGAAAGCGAUCAGUACUCCCUGUGCCCUACUGAAACUGCCGCUGCAGAGCACGCUGCGAGAGACUACAGGCCAUCACCUGAAGACGGGUACGAGCAACCAUUUACGGAAACCACAGUUAUGACGACUUCUUUGUUUGGCACGUCACCUCCACCGGGACCCGCUGUCCAUAGGGCGUGGCCCCAACCGACCCCGGACCGCACGUUCCGAACGUCUGCUGCCUACUCCCAGGUGCAUCUCUGAUCCGACACCCACGAGUAGGGGCGUCCAUGUGCUUGCUUCUCCAUUUAAGAACUGUAAAAGCGUGCACGAUUGCGUAGCAACGCACGUCCAGACGUCUACAAAUGGUUUGGCAAACAUCAGAGCAU